UGUUGAGGCGUGUUGGGCCUGGUGUUCUCCUGGUCGCCGUGCGAGUUACAGGUUUCCAAUUCCAUGGUUGUCUGUAAAGACGAGGGAAUAAAAUCAUCAACUUGUCGACUAAUUCCGUGACAAUUAGAAAAGAACGAUCGUAGUAGGCGUCGCUACUAUGGGAAACGGUAACCUCGAUUUUAUAGGAUUCCUCGAACUGAUGCGUGACAACGCGAGGUUUUAUAAACUGCAAUCUAAUUGACGUUUACUGAUUAAUUCGUCGUCAGAGUAGGAAUGUAACGCGACGAACGUGCCGCAGCGUUAUCGUCGAAAGUUGCGUGGCCAAUAAAUCAAUCGUUCUUCAAACAGUGGAACGUCUCCGCGGCAUAACAUCGAAUGACGUUUAUCAAUGACGUUUAUCAAUGAUCAAAUCUCACGCGAAUCGGCGAACGUGGAAAAUUUUUAUCUCGCCGCGGUUUAAUCGGAUUCGCGGUCGAAACAACGCUACGUCAUAAGCUUGUAUUAUUGUUGGAAGCCUGAAGGAAUGCACAACGGAAGAAAAAAAUGUUUAUACCGCAUUGUCUCUUUUUUUUCUCAGGCCACCGUAUAAUUUCUGGCGUGUCAAUUGAAUUAAGAGUCAGCUUAGACGGGCUCGUGACUCGAUAGAAAUGUCAAUGUCCAGUGAAAUCAUUUCGGAAGAACGAUGUUUGAUUAACUGUUAUACUGGAAACAAUAUUGGCAGGUGAAAAUGUGUACAGAUGUGUGAAAACUAACGUGUACGAAUAUUUGUCUCCCUCAGCGUGUAUAUACUUACGUCUCUGGAGCUUGUUAAGAAAAUAAAGUUGCAACGCUACACAAAAGUAUGAACACAACUAAGGCUAAUUUUUCUCGUAUAGGUUAAACACGGACACACAGCACGACGACCUAUCAUUUGAGCACUAAUUCGACACUGCCUCGCAAUGCGAACCGCACCGCGCACUGUGAGGUCAGUCCACUGAAUCGCGUUGACCUCCGUGCAAGUAUACCAAUAUGGAAAAUCGAAGUGUUCCUAUGUGGUUCGAAACCGUCGAAACUGUCGAAACUUCCGUGGCGCGAAAAAUUACGAUCAUUCGAACAACGUGUUCCGCCAAUCUGUUUUUUCCUCGAGGAAGAUGCGUUGCAAAUUAAUAUUAAUAAUUGGUGUGAUAUUAUCCUGUAAUAAUUGUGCCCAUAAUAUACGUGUGAUUAAAUGUAACAUUGAUUAGUCAAAUAAUACGAUCUUAUGCUAAUAACACCGAACAUGUCUUAUAAUAAUUAAUAUCAUAGAAUGGAACGAACGAAUUUACUUUUGUCUAUACUCUAUUAGAAGUAACAAAGGUUUUUGUAAGCAUAAAUCGAGGGAAACAAUUACGUAACAUUUUUGCGGUAGACUGUACGUCACGACUGGCAAACAGCAAGAAAUUAAAAACUUCAAAUAUCUAAACGUCAAGUCGACGUGUCCUGUCCAGCUUCGAUGGAAGAGAUCUCGAUUAAUGACAGAACAAUUAGGGGACAGCCAAAAUGAAAGGUGACCUCGACGCGACAUAACCUAACAAGCCUGGGUCCGCCGACAAUUACCCGGAUGACCACGCAGCGAGCCGUCUACGCGCUCGCUUGGUUCCGUUGAACGUGAACGCAUGAAAUCACGACUAGGAGUACUAUUUGGGAAUGUGUCAGGUAGUGCAUGAUCAUCGAUGCACCGCUCGCUACUCCGGAACCUCAUCAUAGCCCAACCCACUUUUCACGUUCCCAACACUUUGGACCGCCCCGUGUGACAUUUAUCAUCGUUCGAAAGUGAACAGGCUUCCUUUAUUUAUUUCACGAUUCGCGCGAAACGAUCUUCGGCGCGAUAGAUGUUCGUUCUUCGUUCAGUUUUCCAUUCUUCUGCCGAUAUUUCAGUAAUACAAACACACAUAACCUUCACGACCGUUCAACGUUGCGUUCGGACAAUUUUAUGGAACACUUUUUCAUUGUUAAACAAACAUUUGUUUCGUUUGUUCGUGACACACUGUUCUUUAUAAUUUGACUGCGGAUCGUUCGACGAACUUGAAUUUUGCCAUCGGUUCUUGGGAGAUGUGUGAACUUGAAACUUGUAUUUUCUAUUUUCGACUUGAUCUGGCUACGAAUAGUAUGAAAAAAAUUAAUUGAGUCAUUGUUUAAUGUGUAAAGUCCGCAGUCUACUUAUAGUUUCAUCGCUGCUUUAGCAUUGUUUCAUUCAACAAUCGUGUGCUAAAGCAUCAAGCUUCCUAAGAUUUGUGGCCUAAGUGUUCAGAAGAAUUGGGUAACUCAAGAAGAUGAAUAAUCAGGCGUUCAGUCUAGCAGAGAAGCUUAUCCCCUCGCUUUAUGUACAACAAGGUUUGAAUGCAAAAAAAGCACGUGAAAACCUUAUCAGACAAUUCAUUGAACACCAAAAAUGGCCAGAAGAGGGUUGGGACGAUACAACGAUAGAAGCAUUUCUCUCAGAUUUAUCCCAAAUGGAUAGUAACAAUUUCCCUUCGAACUGUAGUGUUGGAGAACGCGAGGCAAGAAUUAUAUCAAACAUUGUUGCAAAACGACAUUAUCGAAUGGGACAUGGUAUAGGUAGAUCAAGUGAUUUAGAAGAAGUACAACCAAAAGCUGCUGGAAGUAGUUUAAUGUAUAAAUUAACAAAUGCUUUGGUACUUGAAGUUAUUCGAUAUAUGGGUGUAAAAAGUAUAGCAGGCUGUUUUUUAUCACCAAUGGCUACAGGUAUGAGCUUGGUGUUAUGUAUGCUAACAUUUAAACAAGAUAGGCCAAGAGCAAAGUAUGUCCUGUGGUCUAGAAUUGAUCAAAAAUCAAGUUUUAAGUCAAUAUAUACAGCUGGAUUAGAGCCAAUUGUUAUCGAAACAAAAAUAAUUGGGGAUGAGGUAAAGACAGAUAUGCAAAGACUCGAGUCUCAAAUGGCAGCUUUAGGUGAAAGCAUUGCUUGCGUCCUUACAACGACUAGUUGCUUCGCACCUAGAUCAUGCGAUUCUAUCGAUGCUAUUGCCGCGCUUUGUACUCAAUACAACAUCCCCCACUUAGUGAACAAUGCAUAUGGAUUACAAAGUACAAGGUGUAUGCAUCUUAUACAAGAAGCAUCGCGCAAAGGACGUGUCGACGCUUUCGUUCAAAGCACAGAUAAGAAUUUCUUGGUACCAGUUGGUGGUGCAAUCAUUGGUUCUUUCGACAAGAAAUUGUUAGAUCGCAUAUCAAAAAUGUAUCCUGGUCGUGCGAGUGCUAGUUCAAUCAUGGACGUAAUGAUAACAUUAUUAAGCUUAGGAAUGGCUGGUUACAAACAAUUAAUUACACAACGCAAAGAAAUGUAUUCGUAUUUGAAAGAUGAACUUGGAAAAUUGGCGGCCAGGUAUGACGAGAGAUUGCUGGAUACUAAAGGAAAUCCAAUAUCAAUGGGAAUGACCCUACAAUUCUUAAAUCAACAUAAUGGUUUCCAACAAAUUCAUAUGUUACGUUCAAUAUUAUUCCUUCGAAAUGUUAGUGGCACAAGAGUAAUAACGGGUGCAGAAUGUAGACACGUUGCUUCACAUAAGUUUGAAGGUUGGGGAGCUCAUAAUAGUAAUUACCCAGUACCGUAUUUGACUGCUGCAGCUGCUUUGGGAAUGAAGAGAUCGGACGUAGAUAUGUUUAUACAACGAUUAGAUAAAGCUUUAACUAAAGUAACGAGACGUUCAGCUCCGGUUACGCCAACAGCAUCUCUUGCUGGAUCCAGUAUUAAUGGUGACGCAGGAGGUGCUGGUGGUCCUGGAGAAUCUAGUACAGCUUCAACUAGCCGAGCAAGCAGUAAGGAUAGUUUGCGGAAAUGAAUCGUGGUCAACGCAAGUGGUCAGUCGAUCGAAUACAUCAAUUUGUAAGCGCAAUAUUAAUUUCUAAUCAGUUAUAUGUUGGAUACAUCUAAAGAUUAUUUUAUUUAUUUAUUUAUUCAUUCAUUUAUUUAUUUGUUACUUGACACUUUUAUUGAACUCGUAGGAAUGAAAAAUUAAAGUAUUUUUUCAUUGAUAUAACUUGAUUUCGAAUCUCUUAAUGAUGAUCUUUUAAAUUAGUAAAUUAUUACAAAGAUAGCGAAAGAUGUAUUCCAUAGAUGUAUGUAGUGAAAAAAAUGCGCUCAUUCAUCUGACCACUUGCGUUGCGAUAUCGUCAAUGCCCAAAAACCAAAGAGAGGGAUUUCCAUUUCUAUGGAAAUGAUAUUAAUACCUGAACAUCAAACAUAAUUUGGAAAAGGAAAAAGAAUGUUAUGAUGUUCUAUAGAUCCAUUUGACCAUUUUAAUUUAUACGCGCUGGCCGCAGAAAUAUUUAAUAUUUAUUCUGUGUUUGGAGUAUACGCAGUUGCGUUUAAAGCAGUGUACCACUCAAUCUUUAUCCUUUUACGUUAAUUUCAUAAUUUUAUUUCACAAAGAAUUUUAUAUUUUUAUUACACCAAGACGAAACAGUAUUAUUAACAUGCAUUUUUUAUAAUCAACAUUUUUGAAUCUUCUAUUUAAUAAAUUAGCAUUUAUUUUGCAUCGUUUAUUUACGCUGUGAAUUUAAGAAGAUAAAAUCGAAAAAUAUUUGCUUUCACUUAGGAAUAAUACAAUUGUAUCAAUGGUCAUAGUGAAAAGAUAUGUUAUCACUUGUAAAGAGAGAUUUAUAGUAGAUACAGUUGCAUAUUUGCUUAAUCACAUUGUUAUAGAAAGUAUUUACGAGUAUUAGAGGCACUAUACAUAACAAUCAAUAUUUUUCAGGCCUGAAAAAUAAUAAAUUAAGUAUUUCUGCAAACAGAUAUUAGUUUAUUUUGAGUAAUUCGAUAUUACUCUAUGUAUAUUCUGUCUACUAAUGAUGCGUAAAUUCCGUUUGUUACAAACAAUCAACAAGAUAGUCUGUUCAAUAUUUAUUAAAAAAAAAGAACAGAAAAAUGAAAUUCACAGAAAUGAUACCACACAUUGUAUAGAAUUUAUAUUGCUGAAUACAAUCAUUUUUCGGUGUGUGUACGAACUUUUGUCUAUACAUAAUGUACACGCAAUUUACGUAGAAUUAUUUCAAUUUUCGUAAAACCGUCUACUUAUGUUCCUUUCUUUAUAUGUGUGCAUAUUUUGAUGUUUAGUUAUAUUGUUGUCAUACAAAUUUUAUUGAUUCAAUGUGAUGUUCGUUGACAUAUAUUUAUAUUAGCUCACACAAAAGCAAUAUGAAGCAUUGAAAUUAUAAAUAAAUUAUGCACGUUGUUAUUUUCAAUAGAGAAAAUCAAAAAAAGAGAAGUUUCAUAAUUAAUAAGAGAGAAAUUUAUGUUGUAUACUUAGUUUAAAGAAAUAAAUAAUAUUUGUUGAUUUGUAACAUGUUUCGUGUAAUUGAAGAGGAGGUGUUAUGUUAACACUAAUUCCUAAAGUAGUGAAACACUACAGACUUAUCAUUCUGAGUGAAUCACGUAUGCUAUUGUAGAACAUAUUAUAGCGUUAUUUAUGGAUGAAGGUAACAUAUAGUAAAUAUAAAAAAGAAUAUUGUAGACUAGCGAAAGAUAAUGUACCUCAUGCCAAUGACAUUCCUAUGCAUGUAUAUAUAUAUUUUAUUUUUCUCAUAUUAAUAUUUAUUUUAUAUACUGGUGUUACAUUAAUUUUCUGUUAAUUGUUUUAUAGGUUCACUGAGCCUUAUAUGAAAGAAUAAAGAAACCAUACACAAUUAUAUGACAUAUAAUUUUUACAUGACACAACAAUACUUAUGACCCUAUUAUGUUCUUCUAAGUAAACAAUAAAUACAUUAUUUCAAAAAUAUCUUAUAUCAUCGGAAGAAGAUACUCUAAACAAUAUAAUGCAAGAUAUAAAAAAGUUUAUUUCUUAUAUUCUUAAUUUUAUUGUAAUUAAUGUAUACUGCUGGCUGUGAACAUGUUUUACUAUUAUAUGUUGUAAACUAAGAAAUAGUUAUUCACAGUCUUACACUGAGUUAUAUUUUUAAGGUGAAUAUUCUGUUGUUUAGUCUUAAUAUUCACAAAAAUCUACAUAUUAUCAACAUUGUAUAUACACAGUUGUUUUAACAAAAUUUUUAAAAACAUAUGUAUAAGGUAUUUAAGAUACUAGACAUAAACGAAAUAAAUUACACACAUACACGACACUCGCUGAUAUUAGCAUAUUCUCUCAAUCAUAAUACAUUGUAAUACCUAAGUGACCAUUUUACACGUGAUGUACUUGCUUAAAAUUCGAAUGGAAAUUAUUAUAUUAAAGGAAAAUUUAAUUAGCGAAAGGUAUACAUGUACAAAACAUUCAAUCAUGACAAAGUUUUGUCAAACAAUACUGACAUUCAAACAUUUCCAUUUGAAAAUUUAAACAAUGUGCUCACAUGGUAGAAUUAUAAUUACUAAUCAAAGAUUUACAUACAUAAAUAUAUAAACAAUAUAAUUAUAAGCUCUUCCCAAUUAUGAUUACUGUGUGAUAGUAAAUGCUUUAUUUGUAAUAUAUGCAACUAA